UCCACGUAGGAUAAUAUAUUAGACCAAUCAGAACAUUUUAUUCUGCCACGUGAGCACUUCUUAUGUCGACUAAAGAACCUUUAGUCAAUACUGAUAAUCCGUUGGAAUUCACAUCGUUCACUCCGACGACGUCGUUUGACGCUUCUAUUUAUCCCCUGAGAGAAAAGAAAUUGGUGAAGAAACCGAAAGAACAGAGGAGGAGGAAGACAAAGAAGAACGAGAUAAGAAGAUCACUGAUUUUCUCUGUUCUGAAAGUGGUUGUGUUGGCUCUGUAUUUGGAGUUAGGGUUUAGUUUGAUGCGAAAAGGGGUUUUAGAAUCUGAGUUUACAGAGGAGAUAGUGAGGAUCUCUGAUGACAGAUCUCAUUCUGGUCGUGAUGUUGGCGAGAAAGUGACGAUCUUGGAAGAUGAGUUAAUGGGUUUUGCUAAAAGUAUAAACUUUUUGAGAUGCAGAGGUUCCAAUUCCAAUUGGAGAAUCAAUCAGGAUGGUCUGAUGUUGAAGUCUAGAAGUGUCUAUAAAUCUGUAACUGAAGAGGUGAAUGUAUGGGGAUGGCCUUUGCAGACAGGUGGAUUGUUUGGUACUGGUUUCUCCUCAAGUUCUUUCACCGUGUUAUCAGGCCGAGUUACUAAUGUUACUAAAGCUAAUUCAUUUGACUAUCACAUUCAAAAUAUCUAUGCUUUGUUUGUUUAGUAUAUCUGUUUUUGAUGAUCUUCUUGAAGUGGUCAGAGGGGAGAUUUGGUUACUCGGUACGUGAGGCCAACAUUUCGUGGGGGAAAACUAAAUGGAGCACAUCGGUUCUGCAACUAGAUCAUAGCACAUGGGUUCUUGAGUACAGUCUAAGCUUUAGAUAACUCAACUUCAUCAAAAGUUCUUCAAUUGACACGUCAGACACGGUUGUUUUCGGCUUACAAAUAAUUAUCAGUCCAAUAAUUAUCAAUCCAGCCACGUCUGUUUGUUUCCAGUGAACUAAUGACCCAUUAUGUAAUUUGGUUGCAGGUCCAGACAAGAAGCUCUAAGCAACAAUACAAGUUUCGAGUAUGAACAGACUUGCGUAACUGCCGUUGGCUCUGUUUCCUCUCCAUUCAGUCAACUGAGUUAAUCAUCUUAAUAAUUGUUUGCAAUCAAGUUCCCCCAUUAUGUGCUAUUUAAUUCAGCCUAUACCUUCUAUAUAUGUAGACUCUGGUGUAUAUAUAUGGUCACUGUGCUCCAGAGGAAAUGGCCCGUUUCUGCAUCUCCUUAUCUAACGAAAUCUUUCUGAAGUGAAGCAUCAACUCAUGGCGAAUUCCCAAAUCCACCUUUCCAUCUUUGAGUGCAUGGUAGUAGAGAUGAUAUUUGCUUUUCUUUUCCCUUUAUAACAUGUUUUACUUACCUACUGGUGUGUUCACCUUGAUCAGGACCACAAUCUGUACCAGAUAACGCAAGAAAAGGAACAACGACCUUUCUCUGAGGGAGAAAUAAGUACUUUUAUGUCUCAGAUGCUUCAAGUCCUCGCACACAUGCAUAAAAAUAGUUAUUUCCACCGGCAACUGAAACCAAGUAUGUAUAUUUUGUCAUGCUGAUUCUCAAUGGCCUCUCUUUUACUUAAACAAUUGUUUUAGUUUAUUUUUGUUCUGAAGAGAAUUUGCUGGUGACCAGCAAUAUCCUCAAGAUUGCUGACUUUGGACUGGCUUGCGAAGUUGCAUCUAUGCCUCCUCGAAAAUGUCGCACCAGUGUUAGAACUGAUAAGUGACACCUAAAACACUCAAAACACUUCUUCUCUAUGCAGACCGUAGGGUUCCAGCUGAAAGUGUCGAGUGAAGAAAGCAAGAGGACAGCUUUGGAAAUACAAAGAGUGUAAAGGUAGGCUCAAGAAAUGAUAUGUAGAUGAUAGAGCACAAGUAGUGUAUUAUUAUUGUUUUUGAAGGAAUUACAAUCUCAGUAUUUCUAAUGACCUUGAGCCCAUUUACAAGAGAUUUCUCUCA